AUGUCAAACCAGACAGCAGAUGAUGAAUGGACGCAGGUCCCCACCAAAGGUCGCCGAAAAGCACCACCGACCGUCCAACCGAAUACGGUCAACCCCCCUUCUCGCGACCUGACCGUCCCCAAACUCCAGCAAGACUUCCAGGCCAAGCUGAAGACGUGGAAAUCGAGUACAUGCAGAAAGAGUCUGCUGCAAAUACUGAACAGGAUCCGCCCCGAGAGCGGCUGGGCCAUUGAAAAAGCGAUAUGUCUUGCCAGCGGUAGUUUCAGUCGAGAGAACUUGGAGUGCAGGAGGAGGAGCAUGUGGCAGAUUGUGGUAUUUGCAGACAUCGUCGAGUACCUACGAACAGAAGGAGGCGAUGCUGCGACCGGGUUGGAGGUCGUAGCACAGGAGCCGAUGAAUACGGAGCUGGACGUGGAGUUCUUGGACACACUGAAUAUCAAGGCAUUGGAGAUCGAUACGGCAGCGAAAGUGGAAGGUCUUGGACCCGCAACAGAGUACCUGGGUGAAAAGACGUUCGCCUACGAGCCAUUCCUGGACAUGACUGCCACAAUGCUAGACGAGGUUUUGGAUGCCGAUCUACCACUCUACAUUGGAAGUUCGAUCAGAGGGUUGAAGGAGAAGACAACACAGGCUGGACAGCUUGCUAAGCGCUUUGCCAAAGAACGAGGCAUGUACAAGCUACCUACUUUCGAGGUCGAUCCCAACGUUAUGGACGGAAUGGAGAUCUUCUGGAAGGAGGAAGACGACAAGGAGUGA